GUUUGUCUGUAACAGCGGUUUUAUUGUGAAGGUACCGACCGGAAAUUAAAUUCCUGGCUUCAUGAUCCUUGUGUGCUUCGGACAAGGGGGUGCAUGGGUGAAACAUGGCCGCCGCAGACCCGUCGAAGUCUCCGAAUCGACAGAAAACCCCCGCAGAGGAGGUGGAAACAUCUGGGGAGCAGGCCGCGGCGGCGGAGUCGGGAUGCAGCCCGAACCAGACGAAUGAGGGGGCUGGCGAUAAAACGGGAGGCUGUGAGCCCGGAGCCGAGGAUGACGGCGGCGGCUGUGUUGCCAGCCAUUCUGGGGGGGUUCGUGUCGAGUCCGGUGCUGGAGCAGCAGACAAAACGACAUGCGUCUUACCGGAGGACCGAGCAGCGGCCGAAAAGAUGGCCGAGGCCCUCGACAACCAGCAGCAGGCUUUUGACUGGUCAGAGGCUGAAGACGACGAGGAAGGGGCGAAACCCCGCACGAAGAAAAAGGAUAAAAGUGACCUCAAAGUUGCUCAGACUGUUAACAACGUGAGGCAGGAUGCGCAAGCUGAGGCUGAUUCAGAAAAGACUGACAAGGGGGAACGUUCACCAGCGAAGUUGCCUUUUGAGGACCUGGGGGCUGGAGAAGACGGCAUGGAGGAUAACGACAAAGAGGCUGCUCCGACGGCUAAACAAAGAAAGUGCCGUUUCGUUUGCAAGGAGUGCGGCAAGAGGUUCAGACAGCGCGAGAUGUUCAACCUGCACCGGCACUUUCACGCGCAUGAAGAUGAGCUCCUUCCCCUAACCUGCAAAGAAUGCGGCCUUACCUUCCAGCACCGCAGCAGCCUCAUCAAACACAGGAACGAACACAAAGAAAAAGAAGAGAACCUGGAGACUACAAAGAUGGAGGACGAAAUGCAAGCGCCGUUUAGAUAUCAGUGUGCAGAAUGCAAGAGGAUCUUCUCUACAGUCAGUAAACUGAGGGACCACAACUGCAACAAUGCAUCAGAAAAGCCUUUUCACUGCACGCUGUGCCGGCAAGAUUUCCAGUUCAAAGUGUCUGUCACCAAGCACAUGAUGUCCCAUUCCCGUGAAUGCACCUUUAAAUGCCAAGAGUGCAGUCAGACUUUUCCCAACAUCAUGUCCCUGCGCUUCCACCAGAAAUCACACGCUGCUCUCAAGCCGUACGAGUGUCCAGAGUGCGGCAUGGUUUUCAAACACUACUCCGUCAUGGAAGACCACCGGCGCAAGCAUGUCGACAAAAGCCGUUCUCACCUCUGCAACAUCUGCGGCAAAACUUUUAAGUAUAGCAGCCUACUCCAUCAGCAUCAGUACCUACACACAGGCCAGAAGCCUUUCCGCUGCCCCGAAUGUGGCAAAAAAUUUGCCUUUGCCCAGAACAUGAAGGCUCACUGCCGCCAGCACAGGCUGCAAGAAACAAACUCGUUGGGCAAGCCGCCUGAAAAACCACCGCGCCCAUCUGGACACGAGGUGGUUAAAGGUCCCGGGAAGGAAAACACUCACAAGAGCGAGGAUACGAAACGCACCUUCAGCUGCCCUCUCUGUCCCCAGACCUUCUACGUUCCAGCUAACCUGAGAGCUCACAUGCAGUUCCACGAGGAGGAAUAUGAGAAGCUCGAGAGGACGCCUCAAUCUCCAGUGGCGACCAACAAGCAUUGGGAGAAGGGACACACCUGCCCCCACUGUCCCAGUGUUUUUCGGGAGGAAUCUAGUUUAAAAGGACAUCUGAUAAGUGCCCACGGAUCAACUGUACAGUAUUUAGAAAGGUUAACCGCACCAAAAAAGCAGUUAGCUCAAUUAAGUGGCGAUGACGCGCAGCGCAAGGUAUUAAGUAUUAAAUCCUACAAGUGUUCAGAGUGCGGAAAAACGUUCAGACACCGUUCAGUGUUAGAGCUGCACAUGCGAAUACAUUCCAAAGACAAGCCUUACCAGUGCAAAGUGUGUGACAAGGGUUUUAGGUUCAGCAGCUACCUGCAGCAACAUCUCAUUAUCCACACAGGCGAGAAGCCGUACAAAUGUCCGGAUUGUGGGAAGGACUUUGCCUUCUUGCAGAACAUGAGGACUCACCAGAAGCUACACCAGGAGAAGCCGUUCCGCUGCACAAGCUGCCGCAAAGGCUACAGCGACGAGACCCAGCUCCAGCAUCACAUGUUGUCGCAUAACGGCGAUAAACCGCACAAGUGCGACCUGUGCGACAAAAGCUUCGGAUUGGCCUACCUGCUCCGGGACCACAUGAAUACACACACGGGGGAGAGGCCUCACCGCUGCGAGGAGUGUCAUAAAUCCUUUUCCUGGUUUAGCAGCCUGCUGGUUCAUCAGAAGAUUCACGCUCGCAAGAAGCAGGCUCUAAGCCAUUACAGCUCUUUGCCUGUCGGUUCCAGGAUGAGGGGCAGGGGGAAGAGAGGAGGGAGGCUAGUGUGGGGGUGGUCUAGACCAUCCGGGGUCUCAGAGAUAGUUACUCCUCAACAACAUCUGUACCCAGUUUCACCUCACAGAGACCCUGAGUUGCACCGACAAGUGCACCAGCAGUCCUCUCUGUCUCGCAUGGAUUCACAGACGAGGCAUCCGAGUGAGACGUGGACGUCUGAACCUCAUCCUCAACCGCUGCAGUGGAGCGUGGAUGGAAGAGAGGUGUCUGCACCACCCACACAGCACCAUCCUCAGCCUCUAAAAUUUGAUGCUCCAAUGCAGCCGGGGCAGCAGCAGCAUCAGCAGCAUCAUCAUCAGAGAACUCCAGGGUGGGCAGAUAUGUCCUUAUUGGGCCCUGGAUCGGCUCCGAACUUAGACUCCCACAUUAAGGAAAGCACUUCUUCUGUUCUGGGCUCUCAUAUGCCAAGAAAAUCAAGCCCUUCUGUAGUUAGUGAGAUAGUGCAGCACAGGCAACACAAACUUUCUUCGUGGAGCAGCACUCCAACAUCCACAGCCCUGGCCUCCACGAGCUCCUUGCAGCACGAUUUUUCUAUUCCCUCAUCCUACAUGGACGGAGCAGCGCUGUGGAGUAUCCGGCCGGCUCCACUAACAAACUCUCAGAGCUCCCCAAACAGGCUCAGCCAGGACAUGCAGCUGCCAAGGUGGCCGGGGGGUCCCGAGCCGUCCACGCCUCCCAAGAAGGAGGAUAGACUGUGGGACAUCAGCAGCCCUCCAUCAGUUAUGUCUUCGACUGUUACUCAGCCAGAGAAGGCAUGGAAUGGCUGCGAGCCGCAGAAACAAUGGGUUUCUGGCCUUGCAGGUGCCCCCACCUCAGUUCAAAUGGACCAAAACAGCACCAUGCCAAUUUCAGCUCCCAGCUCUCAUGGGGUCACUAACAACUUGUGGGACCUUCAAACACCUCCAGGGAUUCCAAAGUCUUUGAACUCUGUGGAAAAAUUAGUAAAUCAAGAGUUUCAGCUACAGCAGAAACAGGUCUCACCCGGCUGGAGCGGUGUUCAAACCCCCACACAGAAGGUUCCCAUCUCCAUCCAGUACGAGCCUCAUCGUUUCAGCCAGGGCAUGGGGACUCCAGUGUGGGGCUUCCAGAAUAACACCAUCGGACCUCAGACUCUGCUCUCCAGCCAGCUCAAACCGGGCAGCGGACAGGAGCUGCAGCAGCAACCGAUGGCAACGGCCGCUCAGAUCAUCAUAAAUCAGCCUUCUCCUUUCUUCUCACCCCCGCUUGCUCCGCUCCCUCCUCUCGCUUUGCCCGGCCCUCACCCUCUCCACUCCGUUGCGGUCGGCGCAAUGCCUAGACCUCCGCACCCAAAUAUCUUUUUCACACCACAGCCGGUCAUGAGUGAGAGGCCACAUAUGCCGCAGACCCUGUCCCUACCUCAGCUCCCAACGCAGACCGAACCUCACAAACUCGGAUCCCGUCUGCCUUUCCCCCCGGAGCGGCUUCUCCACUGCAUGAUAUGCGGGCUCUCCGUUUCCCGGGAGCUGGAUCUACAGAUGCAUUACCUGCAACAUGCACAGGGGGAGAUAUGACGUUUGUACACUAGUAACAAAACUUAGUUAUGUUUUUAUAAUUGUUUGUCUGUAGAACCUCAUUCAUUUGACACUUUGCUGUAUGAUUGAGUGGAUGGAAAUAACAGAUGUGAGUGAAACCAGGCCCAAUUUGCACAUUUGAUUUUAAAGUUUGAUGUAAGAAUGUGCAGUGUGUUUGAAUAUAGGAUGUAUAUGUGUGUCUAACUGGUUUCACUGUCUUUUAAGAUCAUUUCAGGGGUGCAGAUUAAUGAGGUUCUGCAGGCUACAAUUCAUUUAUUGCCAAUUAUGUCUAGUUUUAGAUCUUAUUAGUAAUUUUCUAGUUCUGUCCACAUGUCUUGAACCAUUUGUACUGUGUUUCUCCAUGUACAGUAUACUGUGUGCCUUUUGAGUACAGUCUGCAUGUCUGCUGUCUUGGUAUUCUAGGCCCUAGUUUGUGUUUUUAAAGUAGACUCAAAAGUGUGACCUCACCCUGUUAGACACGGCGCAACUUGUUCAAAGGUGCUUAUUGAAAGCAUAUAUUGACAUGCAGAAGUGUUUAUACCUCUUUAAGUCUUUCACAUUUUGUUUAAUAAUUCAAUAGUUAAUAAUUACAUGACUUCUGAAGAGAGUUGGUUGCACUGAAUUAUUUUUGGUGGUAACAGAGUAAACCUAUGAAUGCGAAAAACACACCAGUUUCUUUGUAAAAUCAUGAAAAAAACCUUGCAAUGUUUUUUUUGCCCUUCGCAAUUAUACUAGUGUUAAUCUAUCACAUAAAAUUCCAAUGCAAUGGAUUUUUUGUUGUACGUGACAAGAUCUAUUUUUUUUUUUUAACUAAGGGGUAUGAAUACUUUUGCUAAGAACUGUAUAAAUUCAAACUGAUGGCCUUUAAGUGUGUUUUUUUCUAGAAAGUUCUUGUAGGCACACAGAGCCACAGGCUGGGUCCAAAUGUCUCGCCAAACGGUAAAGUCACCAUUUUGGAAAUCUGACUGAAAUCCAAACUAUCAAUAACAAAACUAACAAAAUCUUUUUAUUUAAAAGGUCCGUUUAUGUUCGGAGUUUUCAGUAAAAUGAAUCUUGGAAUCAUAAAUAUUUAGCUGCCAUUAACUCAUUAUUCAUGACACUGUUAAGAAGUGAGUUUUGUAAUAAACCAAACUUCCAUUUGUGA